AUGUGCAUGCACUGCUGUCAAAUUGACAUUUUGUUGAAAAGUCAGUCGAGGCAGGGAACCACCGGGGCAGCUGCAAAAGGGAGGGGCAAAGGGAACGGGGCAGCAAGCUCGUUCUUGCAAUCCGCAGGCUGUGAAGAAGUUCGAUCGACCAAGCCGUUCCGUCGGGAUUCCGUUGGUGUUCCGUUGGGGUUCCGUCUGCUGAUCUGGGCAGUGUCCUUCCGUUCCUGUUGGUGGUUUCGAAGGGCCGGGAACAAGCUGGAAGGAUGGACGAGGCGACUCUCUACAAUUCCGUUCCUCCUCGAAGUUCACAGAGAACAAGCUCGUCGAUCCCCUCCGGCUUCAAAUCCGGUUCUAGUUCCGUCCGUGUUCCCCGGUUCAAAGGCCGAGAACACCGACGCUUGGAAGGUGCCUUUCAUCUAA